CUGGAUUCACAGCAAUUGGCCUCCUGAGAGUGAAAGGAAAAAUUGGCUCAGGGGAAGGAUCAGCCUGGAGGCAAACUUUCCCAGAGCUCAGUACUCAGAGAAAGCACUGGGAGUCCACACGCUGCAACCAGAGGAACUUUGCCUUCCUUAGCACCAGUGGAGUAGAGGACCAAGAAACAAGACAGCAUGCUGAACUGUAUAAGACCAAGAGCUCUGCUACAGUGUGCCAACCCAUGCAGCACAAUGGCUGCGUUCCCUGUCUUGGAGCAAGAAACAUUAUUCCGGAACGGAAGCUGGAGCUAUCGAAUCCCAGCCCUGCUCUACCUGCCGCGCUUCAGCAUGAUCCUGGCCUUUGCUGAGGAGCGAGAGGACCUGGUGGAUGAACACGCCAAGCUGAUAGCCAUGCACAGAGGCGUGUAUGACCCAGCCAUGCAGCAUGUUCAGUGGAAAAGGAUGGAGACUCUUGUCAGUGCACAGCUGGAAGGCCACCGAUCUAUGAACCCCUGCCCGGUAUAUGAUGAGGUCUCGGGGAAACUCAUUUUGUUCUUCAUAGCUGUCCCAGGAAAGAUCUCUGAGCAGCAUCAGCUGAGGACAAAGACCAACCUGGUACGUCUCUGCUAUGUCACUAGCAUGGACCAAGGACGCACCUGGAGCACUGCCCAGGAUGUCACUGACAGGACCAUUAGGAAUGAGUACAAGAACUGGGCCACAUUUGCAGUGGGGCCGGGUCAUGGUUUACAAUUGCUCAACGAGGCCCGGAGCCUUGUGAUUCCUGCCUAUGCCUAUCGUAUCUUGGACCCCAAGAAACACCCCACUCCUCAUGCCUUCUGCUUCAUCAGCUCUGACCAUGGGACAACAUGGGAGAAGGGGAACUUCGUGGGGGAGGAGAGCGCAGUGGAGUGCCAGGUAGCAGAGGUGCAUACCUGUGGCAGAAAGGUCCUUUACUGCAAUGCAAGGAGCAACAGAGGAGCCAGGAUCCAGGCUGUCAGCUACAACCACGGGCUGGACUUCAAGGGAGGCCAGCGGGUUGAAAUGCUAGUAGAACCUCCCUCUGGAUGCCAUGGAAGUGUUACUGCCUUUCCACCUCCCCCAGAUGCCACAUGUCAGGAUAGCUGGUUACUCUAUGCUCAUCCUACAGACCCAAGGGGUCGAAAAGAUUUAGGAAUUUACCUCAACAAAAGCCCUUUAAAUCCAGCACACUGGACAAAACCCAGCAUACUCUUCAAGGGCCUGUGUGCUUAUUCGGAUCUGCAGUAUAUGGGUGUUGGGCCCGAUGGCUCACCUUUGUUCUCCUGCCUCUUUGAAUAUGGAACCCACAAACAAUGUGAAGAGAUUAUUUUUGUCAUGUUCACCUUGAAGCAAGCCUUUCCCACAGAACACUGAGUCUCCAGCCUUUCCAUCAGCAUCCCUCCGAAAACCAUCUUUGCUGAUGCUUUUUAUUGUCAUUUCUCAUCCCUCAGCAAAAGGGGUUUUUUUACUCCUGCUGCACACAUAGUUUGGUGGUGGCUUGUUGUGUCUGUAGAUUUCCAAGUCCAUUAAACAUACCACAACUU